GUCUGAAACGCACACUGUUCGUCGAAGCACUAACGUCACUUGAACUUGAUUGUUCUGGUUGUCUUUUCACGCACAAGCAGAGAAAUGUGAUUAUCUACAACUCGGUCAUAUUUGUUUCACCCCGCCGGACCGAGCUGACGGUUUGGCUCAAAAUGGCUGGAGAGGAACAUUUAUGAAGAUCGACGGUUUUGCCAGGUAUUUACAAAAAAUGAGCCUGCCUGUAGAUUGAAGGCGCAUCCUCCACAUAACUGGGGAUCCAGGGGUUGUGUGGAGAGGCGGGACAGGACCACAUCCCAGGCGCCAUCCAGAAGAGGGAAGAGCGAGGGAGCAGCUGAGGAGGAAGGAUCAUCCAAUCGUUGGUAGCCACUGAGUCCAGCCUUUCAGAUGAAGAGUCUUCAGUUCCGGAGCAUCGCCCCUAAGGCCCCAGCCAUGGUGCCUUCCCCCUCCCCUGCGGUCCUGUCCUGCCAGCCUCCCUCUGCCCUCCCUGAAGCUUCCACUGCCUCCAGCCCCAAGUCCAUUAUUGUGCCCACCCAAAACUAUGCAUUGAUGCAAAUAGCUGGUCAGGAUGGCACUUUCUCUCUGGUGGCACUGCCCCCUUCUGUCUCCUCUCAGACACCACAGCAACAGCAGCCACAAACCCAGUCCAUUCAAAAGAAUCUCAAGCUGCCCAUUCCCAGAUACCAGCCAGUGAGAAGCAAGGGGGUGACAGAUAAGGUAAAAUCUCCACCACUAGCUGCUAGGGUGAAAACAGCCUCCAAGAAUGAAAUGACAGUACAGACAAAAUCAGUGGUGAGCGGGGCAUCAACAGCGUUGAUGAAAAAACAACAUGAGUCCAAGCACACAAAGAAAACCCUAGUGCCGAAAGAGGAGUCUUCAGAGCAAUUAAUUCUGAUUGACCCAGCCUCCUCUGACAUCUCUGUUACUGCUUUACUCCCAGACAAUGCUGUCCAGUACCCAGAUUCUCAGUUAGAGCUAGCACCAGACGGCUCUGAACGAUCUGCUAGCCUUAUUCAGAACCUCCAGUACCCUGCGGCUGUAAAAAGCUCCUCAGGCAAACCUCCAGAGGAAAGUCAGACUACAGUAAGGCUGUGCCAGUCUAAGACCGCUGCAGCCCAGCCCCAGGGCAGUAUUACUGUCCUGUCGCCAGCCAUCUUCAGCAAAGCAGUCCAGAUUAUCCCAUCCCCACCUAAGGGUAAACUGCCCAUCCUGCCAUACUCUAAAAUGAAGAGCAGCCUCAUCCCAGCCACCAAGCUCAGCCAUUUGUCCCCAGUGAAGAAGGGUUUCUCUCGCCAAACAGGAUUCACCAGCCCAUUAGAUCCUACAUCCAAGACCCUAGAGACAGCUGAAGCCUUGGGUCACAACCAGGUGCCAAACUCCACUCUACAGUCCCAGGCCAAGACCACACUUAUGCCUGAGUUUGGAACUCUCCAGAAACCACCUGGCAAGAAGAGAGGGAGGAAGAGAAAGACAAUGGAAGACAUCUUGGCAUUUGAGGCCAAAAAGAAGAGGUCCUUGUCUUUCUUCCGUAGAAGGGUCCCAGAAAAACCGCCAGCUGUAGUUCCAGGCUCUAAACAAAAGGAAGUUGAUAUUUCAAAGAAAUACCGCAGCAUCCGACCCAAACCCAUGUUGGUCAUGGAGACAGUUCCUCAACUGGUUAGUUUGCCUGCCAUUACCCCAGACUGUCAUGAACAGGAGCUUGUACUUAGUCAUCAGCUUCCUGCCACUACCACAUCCAAGGCUGUGGACUGUCCCCCUCAAUCAGCCCCAGUAACCCUCCACCUGAGAGGUGCCUCCCAUCCAAGAGUGUUCAUAGGCAGCCGUCCACUCCACCGUUGCCCAACUUGCAGCCGCUGUUUCCAGUUCAAGCAUCACCUCCAGAGCCAUAUGAACAGUCACACCAAUAGUCGGCCCUACGUGUGCCCAGUUUGCCGCAAAGCGUACGCUCACUCUGGCAGCCUGAGCACCCACAUGAAGCUUCACCACUCUGAGGUACGUCCGCGUCGGUCCCUCGGCUGUGAGUUCUGCGAGAAGGCCUUUGGAUAUGUGGGGGUUUACUUCAGUCAUCUGAGAGAGGUCCACAAAGUGGUGCUGACCGUGGAGCCGUCCAUCACCCAUCAUGAGGACGAUGUGUCUGUGGAGGGGGCCAACUCCCCAGAGCCAUCAGAUGAGCAGGAUCGCGAGGACCCAGUGGAGCUGCAGAUUAAAUGCGGUCGCUGCCAGGCCAUCACUCCAACCUUUGCUGACAUGAAGAUGCAUUUGCUGUAUGUGCAUGGGGAGGAGGUCCAGGUCCGACCUCACGAUGGACAACACCAGCGAGGCGGCCGUGAGGCUGAGAUGGAGCUUGUAAAACACGCUGCCCACUACUGGCGGCAGCUCAAUGAGAAGCGUAACCUGGUGAAGUGCGGCAGUUGUGAUGAAGAGUUUUUCUCCUUCUCCAAGCUUAAGAGGCACAUCAUGUCCCACCACCGUGUUGGGGAGGGGGAGGACAGCGGGACCCUCUCGUCACCAGAUAGUGGCAAUGGUCUUGGGGUUCUUGCAGCAGGUGCAGCCUUUAACUGUGUGCUUUGCAGCGAGGUCUUGGACACUAAAGAGGGAGUUGUGGAGCACUGGAGGAGUCGCCACCACUGUGAGCAGCCCAGCCUGCUGUGGGAUGCCCUGAGCUCAUACUCUGGCCAGGAAGAGGCUGAGGUGGACGGGGAUCUGGACACUCCUGCUCCAAGCCCACACUAUCCAGCCUAGCCCUCAGAUGUGCAUGGAGCCCUUCAUUGUGGCUCCACAUCAUACACACUCAGUCGUAACAAUCAGCAGCGCAGGGAUGGAGGGUUUCUCUUAUGUCUUUUAACACUAGUUUCAUCUUUCACCAGUUGAGGCAUUUGACGUGGUCCAAACAAAAAACAAAAAGAACAGAAAAAGAAUAUCAAGCUAAUGGUGAAAAUGGAAAUUAAAAAUUGUGUUAGAACUCAUAUGGGAUAUUCUCUCCAGGUCAGAGAAUCCAAUCAUAUAGACAAAAUUAUUUUUUAUGUUGAUAUUUUGUUUGCACUGUUCUGUUUUUGGACUUCAUUUUGUUUAGAGGUAUGUAUUUAAUAUCCUGUUGGAUUUUUUUUUGUACUGCUUAUUUAAAUGUUAUUAAAAGAGUAAUUUAUAACCUAGCUGACACAAUAAAACUGUUAAAAGGUCAUUUCACCCAAACACCUCUUGUGACUAUCUAGCCAUGCAGAUUAUUUGGUUUUAUUAUCAGUUUUUGAGAUAUCUAUGCUGAGAUUUUUGCCUUCCCAACAAUAAAAACGUACAUCUUAAUAGUACCCAUGUUACACUGAGGAUCAUGUAAAGGACAAGUUGCAAGAAAGCCAUGGUGACCCCCCCCCGAUCUGAGGCCGCAGUCCAGGAAGACUCCCAUCAGCUCAUAGGGCAAUUUAGCUCCACAGCUAAUUAAGCUACUUGCUAAUGGCAGCUAAUCCCUACAGCCAAACAUAGAUACUACAGCAAAGAAUAAAGUGAGCAGCAGGUAUUGUUUAUACUACAAUAUGUAAUAUUGGAGCUACUUUCCAAUUCUGACUUCUGAUUUCAUACAAAUUACACCAUUUAAAUAUUUUGAGCAGUAUGUGUGUGUGUGUGUGUGUGUGUGUGUGUGUAUAUAUAUAUAUAUAUAUAUAUAUAUAUAUAUAUAUAUAUAUAUAUAUAUAUAUAUAUAUAUAUAUAUUAUAUAAUAUAUAUAUCCUGAAUGUGACAUGAAUAUGACAUCUGGUCUAAAACUACCAAAUCUGCAUAGCUAGAUACCACUAUGGGAACGUGAAUUUUUUUUAAAAUCUUUUUUUGGGGGGGUAUUGACCCUUCCAUAUACUGAGAAAUGUAAAUCUCCUAAAAGGGCACACUGUCUACUAUCACACUGGCUGUCAAUUAAUCCUUUGGCCUUGGAUUCUUACAGGUUAAAAAUAAUCAGUAUGUGUAUGAUUUGUGAUUUGAUAUUGCUCCUGUAACGGAAAAUUUAUAUUGUCUGAUGAGGACAGCAUUAGGGUCCUUUGCUAACCUGGACCCAUGAAGGAACACUUUAACCAGCACCCAAGUGACAUCCUUGUGGCCUUUGGAAAAAAAAAAUCAGUGUUCAUGCGUAAUGUGGCUUAUUGUCAGUGUGGAUCUCUGUAGGCCAAGUUCCAUCUCCUUGACUUGUUGAUAAAUGCCUAUAUAUGUAUUCUGUAAUAUGCCAAGGGUCUUUUCACACUAGUGAUUGUAAAAGUGAGUUUAGCAUUUAAGCGUUUUAACCACUGACAGAAUACCUUUUGUUGAAUUAGUAGAUACGCAAAGGAAACCAUUGAAUUGCCUACCUGUGGUUGCCAGCUCAUGUACGCACCUGUGGAAUUGUGUGCACCCAGACUCUAUUAUUAGAGUUAAUGUAAACUGUUGUCAAGUCCAGAAAACAUGCUAUUUUGUACUCUAGAUUAAUACAGAGGUCUUUUAGUAUAUUUAUGCUUGUUGUUGGUCCUUGAAGAACCAGCACUGGGACAUUUGUUAUGUAUGCUUCUUCUAAUUUGGGGGAUGCUUAAUGUCUUGUUUAUUGAUUGAAAGGCCAUUACUACAUGGCAAGUAGCUCUGCUAACAUUUGUCUGUUGUUAUCUUUCACAUGAAGAAAAAAAAAACAUCACAGGGUCAAGUGAAUGUACCUGAAUGUUUUAAAAACUCUACCAAAAGUAUAUGUAUGCUAUAUAGACUAAUUCUAUAGAUAGUAUAUAUAGAUAUAUUGAGAAAAAAUAUAUAUAUUUACAUAGAGUAACUAGUGAAUCAGCUGCUUUGUUCUGUCACAGUGGAGGAGGGAAACGAGAUGAAUAUAUAUCACUGCCAAAACUGGCAACUCAAAAAAACAAAAGCCAUGUCGAGCUGUACUUAUGUUUCUGACACAAAACAUAGGACUUUGAAUGAAGGGCAAAGCACUGAUGUUUGCAUAUUGCACUUGCAUAUAUAUCGAGAGGGUCAACGAGAGUUAACAGUAUUACUGUUCAUUGGAUGCCAUGUUGGGGUGUUCGUCAGUGAGCUGUCCUUUGUUUUCAAGCCCUCAACACAAACCAGGAAGUGACAGAAUUAUGGGUCAGACUCUUCUUUAACUCAGUUAGAUGACAAACAUACAUGACUGUCAGCACAAGUCAGAAAGUGAAAAAUCACACAUUUGGUCAUAUAAUGUGUUUGGCUCACUUAAUAUUUUGACUGUGUCCAAAAAAGCCUGAAAGUGUUUGUGCUUGUUACUGUUUGUGUACCUGAAGAACCUGAUGUUUAUGACAAUAAAGAUAUGCUUUGUUGAGGA